CUUGCGGCGGUGGCGGUUUGUGGGAGGAGGGAGCUGGCUGAGGUUGAUGGAGGGAGGAUGAGACUGGUUGGGGUUGGAUUGAGAGGUUUGGUGCUCGGGUUGGUUUAUGGGUUUGAUUUUGUUUGGAGGAGGCGGUGGAUCUUGAAGUUUCCUAUCAUUCAGCGACCUCUGUUCUACAGCUUUAAAAGGGGGCUUCCUUUAUCUGUCAGGCAAGCGCUGAAGCUAUCAACUGUGGCGUUCAUCUUUUCAACUGUACUUGCAACAUUUCUGCCAGAUCAAUGUAAGAGGAAGAGCACAGUCUGGCAAUUUGUUGUUCAGCUUUUCUAUCUUUACAUUGGGACAUCAGCAAUCUCUUUUUGCUGGGAACUAAGUCAUCACUUACUUCAGGUUGUGCACACAAGGAGGUUUUCUUUUGCGCCAGCACAGGGAUCUGCUGCAGCAGAAACAAAUCCAACUGAAAUGCUCCUUGAAGCCCUGGAGCAAAGCAAUCCAAGAUCUCUCAUGCAGUAUCUAGCAUAUCUUGAUUUAUGUAUGGUUAGUGAGAGUAACGUUGAACCAUGGCGUAGAGCUGCCUUUUUUGAGGAAACUGGUGAAACUUACAGGAGAAUUGUAUCUGUAUGUUUGAGGCCUCUAGAACAGUUAACGUCAAAGCUUGGGGAAGGUCUGGAAGGUACUUCUGGGGAUAAGUCAGAAUCAUUAGCUCAGCAGUUGAAUUCCCCUACUGAUACUCAUUUGGAUUUAAAACUCCAUGAAGCUCUUGAUGACUUUCAGGUAUGCACAUGGAGUUCAAGGACAUUGGCAGCACUAACUGCUCGUUCCCACCAAGAAGAUAGAUAUGGAGUUGCUCAACUCACAGGUUGCAACACUGAAGUGGUCUCAACUUUACUCUCUACUGUGAUAGCAGUCGAAGCUUGCUUAGGCAAAAAGACCAGCCCACAACCUGCACAGUUGAUAGGUCCCGCAAGCAUCAGAUGGGCUACUACAAGCGCAGGAAGAAGAGACGGGCUUUCUAUUGCUUUGCCUAAAAAGAGAGGAGGUGUGAUUUAUGAUAAAGCUUUUGCAAUGGCAGAUGUCCUUAGAACUUCAAUCUAUCAGAUAAUAUCAGCAUUUGAAGUUGAUAUGCAAGCAAAUGCUAAAGCCUUUGUCUUGGACAAAAAUUGGGUCAAGGAUGGCAAGCCUCUCUACGGCACUCGGGAUAUCCUUGUACAAAAGUUGAUGCUUUUCUUGGGAUUCAAUGCCAACUGAAAUUUUGGUUACGUUCAUUUUGUUCCCCUCUUGAGAAGUAGCUGGGGGAGGAGAAGAAUUGUUGUUGUUUGAGUUUUGUAUUAAUGGUUUUUCUCAAGGAAUUUCAGGAGUUGGAGCUUUGUUUUA